AUGAAAAAUCACAACUUGGCAGACAUCGCAGUGACAGGACACACGGUGUCGGUCUGCCAGCCAUCUGCAGCAAAUGGCACUCAUGGGUUCGACAUCAAGGUAUCAACAGAUGCUCAGCAGGGCAAGCCGUGGUUCUUCCAGCCCAAAGACAAGGAACCUGCAAGCUACACCCCAGGCAACGCAGCCAGGAAUGUGGUCCUCAUGAAUGACAAGGUUGCCUUGCACCCAGCAUUCUCGUGGCUGCGGCGGUUCGGCUUUGACAAGGCGCACUCAAAGCUCACAGCAAAGAAGGCGUUCCUGGUUUGCAACCAAGAUGUGAGCUUGAAGGCCAACAAGCCAAUCAAGUUGACCCCUGACAGCAGCACCUGGCACAGCAGCGUUGAAGCAGCGUUGGCUGGAUAUGAUGUUCUAGCCUCAGAGGAUGUCUUGAAAUUUGAAAGUAUGUCUGCUUGGCUUGUGAAUUUAGUUUUCCUUCGCUGGCAGGACCUGCCAGAGGUACAGGCGAUGGCCACGGUUCAUCAACUUCAACCUCAGAAGUGGAUGAUGCUGGCCGAUCCACAAGUUCAACAUGGACUUCCAGACCGUCGCAAGAGAGCUUUCCGAGUACCGGGUACAGUUGCGAGUCCCCAGCUCGAUCUCUGUCAGCGGUUCUUGCAGCUGCGUUACCACAAAGAGGGUGAGUGGUUACCUGACAGAUUUGAUUUUGAAGGGCUGGGCCGCCCGACAUUGGUUUUGGCUCCCAGGCCAGCUGAUGGAAAAGGUGAUGUCAGAUGUGAGUUGCCAGAUUCAGAUUCUGAAGAUGAAGAGUGCCAGAUGUCAAGGGAUGAUUGGAAUGAGUCAGAUUCGAGAAAGCUUGCAGCAAUGGCUUUAAAGGCAAUCGUCACAUCCAACCCCUUCCAGAACGCCAUGAAAGGGCCGCAAUUGGGCGAUGCACCGAGACGAUAUCUGGGGGUUGCAAAACCGAUUGUGCUGUAUCAGAUGCGCAAAGCCUGGUGUGAUCAAAAUAAUUACACAGAAAAACCAUCCUGGACUACAUCUUUGCGCGCACUUGGCGCUUCGAGGAAACACAUUGCCUUCCGCAAAAGUGCGGGGCAACAUGGAAUCUGCGAUGAAUGCAUGUUUUACAAGAAGCAGCUCCAGCGACACAUGGGAAUAGCUGAGAGAAAUACCACAAUGGAAGACUAUGCAGCACAUUUUGGCAAAAUUGGCGCGAUCGCCAAAUGCUUGGCACCGUGA